GUUGACUGUUGAGCAAUUGAGCGUGUGUACUGUGUAGCAGCAUUUAUAGUAUAUGGGGUGAAUCAACACUGAUAAUUCACCCCGCUCCAUAGACCACAGUAUACCAAAAUGACCGGAAAUUCUCGAAGAACUGUUAGGAGCAGACCGAAAAUGCCGUCGGAAGUCGAUGACGAGCGUGAAUCCAGCAACACAACACUCUACCCGAAGCUCCGAAGGAAGAGAGGCAAGGAACACACUUCAAUUCGAUUCCUAGAUGUGAACCUCAAAUUCCUCUUAGGUUUUGGAUUCAUUUCCUUCUCGAUCGCAUUGUUUCUCAUUUAUCGUCUUCUCAAUACCGUCGAAGUGCCGCAAAAUCCCCGUGCUAUAACUCCACUUCCUGCCCCAAAGCUAAUGGAUCUUCCAAUGUUUCAAGGAGAACACAAAGAAAGCUUGUAUUGGGGAACUUACCGACCUCAAGUUUAUUUUGGUAUACGUGCGCGGAGCCCACAAUCUUUAGUUUUUGGCUUGAUGUGGAUUGGUGCAAAGGAUGGGAGGUUUUUCAUGCGCCAUAUUUGCCAAGAUUCAGAUGAGCUCAAAAUGUAUGCCUGGACAAGGCAUAAUGGACGGGACUAUGGGCAUCAAGUUUUAAUUGACCAUUCAAUGACAUUGACAACAAGUUUUUUAAAGUCAAAGGCAAAUGGUAGUGGCUAUGGUGGAGAUUGGACAGCUCGUGUUGAAGCACACGUCGAAGAAUCUGUAGUUGAUGAGGAAACGUUAAAGAACAUGAAUCUCUUCUUUUACAUUGCUGAUGAAGGUGAAAAUGCUCUAACUUUGGGUAGAGGAGCCAUAGGCAGCAAUAACGAGUCUGUCGUAGCAUUUGGAUCCCAAAGUGAUGUUGGAGGCUGGCAACUCCAUUUAAAAUCGGAGGAUUACUUUGAUAUCCAUUAUUCUGGUUUCAAGACUCCUCACAUUCAUAAUUUAUCAGACCUUGUCCAACAAAAUCUGGGAGUCAAAGCAAGAAAGUUUAGUGUCUUGCAGCUUUCAGAUACACUGGACGACUCUUCAAAUAUUUUAGUUUUCCAGAUCUCUGCUAAACUUUCUCUCAAAGCUGAUAUUAUUUUUGUUUCUGGAACUGGAUUACAAGAUUCAAGAGUCGAGGAGCGUCUCAGCAAACUCACAGGCUCCCCACUCUCUAGUCUAUUAAAUGAGAAGCAGAUGGAAUUUGAUGACAAGUUCAAGAGAUGCUACAAUGUAUCUGACCAGCUUGAUUCUGGUUCUGUGACGGUGGGUAGGGAUGCGCUGGCAAACACAUUGGGUGGAAUUGGAUACUUCUAUGGACAGACAAAGAUUGCGCUUCCAAAGAACUCUAAAUUAGGCAAUGACGACAACCUUCUUUUAUACUGGCCUGCUGAAUUAUAUACGGCAGUUCCAAGCAGACCUUUCUUUCCCAGGGGAUUUUUAUGGGAUGAAGGUUUUCAUCAACUAUUAAUUUGGCACUGGGAUACAUAUAUUAGCUUGGAUAUUAUUGGACAUUGGUUGGAUCUGAUGAACAUUGAUGGAUGGAUUCCACGUGAGCAAAUUUUAGGUGCUGAAGCUUUAAGUAAGGUCCCUCAAGAAUUCGUUCCUCAACACCCAACCAAUGGAAACCCCCCAACGUUGUUUCUGGUUUUACGGGACCUGAUUUGUGGCAUUAAGAAAAAUAAGUUUUCUGCUGCUGAAAGGAGUGACAUCUCUAUCUUCUUGGGUCGUGCAUUGGUUCGCCUUGAAACAUGGUUCAAUUGGUUCAAUACCACACAGUCUGGAAAGGAUUCCGGCACUUAUUUCUGGCAUGGGAGAGACAACACAACUACCCGUGAACUAAAUCCAAAGGCACUAUCUUCUGGGUUGGAUGACUAUCCCCGUGCUUCUCACCCAAAUGAAGAAGAACGUCACCUAGACCUUAGAUGCUGGAUGUUUCUUGCCGCAGAUUGCAUGCAUUCCAUUACAAAGCUUCUUAAGAGGGAAAGUAAACACCAGGAGUAUCAUUUGACAGCAGAAUUGCUUUCAGACUUUGAACUUCUUAAUGAGAUUCAUUUUGAUAGUUCCUCUGGAGCUUAUUUUGAUUAUGGAAACCAUACAGAAAAGGUUCGGCUAUCUUGGCAAAUUGUUGGGUCUGGCACCAGCUAUCCUAGCAGAGAGCUUCUAAGGGAAGUCUUAGAGAAGCCCGUGUUGAGACUGGUUCCACAUGUUGGAUAUGUCAGCCUUUUCCCAUUAAUGGCCAAACUCAUCCCUCCUGGGUCAUGGAUAUUAGAUAAACAGCUAGACCUGAUUUCAAAUGAGAGUACUUUGUGGACAGAUUACGGUCUCAGAUCUCUUUCCAAAACAAGUUCCAUUUAUAUGAAGCGUAACACAGAGCACGACCCCCCGUAUUGGAGAGGCCCAAUUUGGAUGCAAUUUAAUUACAUGACUCUUGGCUCACUUUACCAUUAUUCCAGAGAGCCUGGACCAUACAGAGAGAAAGCCAAAACUAUCUAUGAAGAACUAAGAAGCAACUUGAUAAGAAACGUUGUAAAAAACUAUCACAAGACCGGGUAUCUAUGGGAACAAUACGAUCCCAAGAAUGGGAAGGGAAAAGGAGCGCGAUUUACUGGAUGGACGGCUCUUGUGCUUCUGAUCAUGUCUGAAACUUACAAUGAGUGUUAGUGAUGGGCCUGAUGGCUUGUUUGGGUAUUUCCCAUUGCGUAGCUGAGGCUUUUUAUUUAUUAGAGGUUAUAGUCUUAUAGAGUUACACUUCAGAGCAAUAUUAUGUAUUCACAAGAUCCUUGCACUUGAAAAGUGUUACUCCGUAUUUUUCGUGGAAAGCGCUAAAAUGGACUUCGAGUCCCUGCUUAAAUAACCAAACAUUAUUUCACUUUCCAUAGAGUGACCUGAAGUGACUUCUGAAGUAG